UAUUUAUUUUUUUUUUAAACAAUCACUUCCUACACAGAAUGUGUCCGUCUCCUCCGCUCUGCUUUAGCAGCACAGAACGCUCGGGCUGAUUCCCCGUCAGCCCCCGGCCCUCCCCCGGCGCCGCCUGAGCCGGGGUUUGAUUGGAUUAGCGUCGGCUAGCCUUUGCCCUCUCACCCCGCUGAUGUUGCUGGGCUGCUUCCUGCUCCCUCCGCUCCUCCAAACCGACUGACGAAGCCACACCGGCACGGGCACAGCCUGAAAAUCACGCAGGCAGACACGGGCGGCCGGUGACGGAAAGCAGAGCCAGCCAUGCGGAGGAAGUCGAGGAUAUUGUUGUGUUUUGCGGUGCUCUGGGUGCUGGGAAUAGCGUACUACUUCUACUCAGGGACAGCGAUGAACCGAAAGGAUGAUUGGGGCUCUAGUGACCUGUCCAGUAGGAACCAAGUACACAGUUCUGAUGACAAGACUCACAGCUUGGAGACUCUGCCACCAGGUAAAGUACGUUGGCAGGAUUUUGAUCAGGACUUGUACGUUGGAGCCACAGUGGUCAGGCCGGGUCAGGACCCGUAUGCCAGGAACAAGUUUAACCAAGUGGAGAGCGACAAACUGCGUAUGGACAGAGGUGUCCCUGAUACAAGACACGACCAUUGUAGACAUAAACAGUGGAAGUCGGACCUUCCAGCUUCGAGCGUGGUCAUCACUUUCCACAAUGAAGCCCGCUCUGCUCUGCUGAGGACCGUGGUUAGUGUCCUGAAGAAAAGCCCUCCUCACUUGGUCAGGGAGAUUAUUCUGGUUGACGAUUACAGUGAUAACUCGGAGGAUGGAGCACUGCUGGGGAAGAUUGAAAAAGUGCGUGUGUUAAGAAAUGAUCGCAGAGAAGGCUUGAUGCGUUCCAGAGUUCGAGGUGCAGAUGCUGCCACUGCUCCAGUCCUCACCUUCCUGGAUUCCCACUGUGAAUGUAACGACCACUGGCUUGAGCCACUGCUGGAGAGAGUGGCUGAGGAUAAAACCAGAGUAGUAUCUCCAAUUAUUGAUGUCAUCAACAUGGACAACUUCCAGUAUGUUGGCGCCUCAGCUGAUCUGAAAGGAGGUUUUGACUGGAAUUUGGUUUUUAAGUGGGACUACAUGACCCUGGACCAGAGACGAGCCAGACAAGGCAACCCAAUUGCCCCCAUAAAGACUCCUAUGAUAGCAGGAGGUUUAUUUGUCAUGGAUAAAGAGUACUUUGAACAGCUGGGAAAGUAUGACAUGAUGAUGGACGUGUGGGGAGGAGAAAAUCUGGAGAUCUCGUUUCGUGUGUGGCAGUGUGGUGGCAGUUUGGAGAUCAUCCCCUGCAGCCGAGUUGGCCACGUCUUCAGAAAGCAACAUCCUUAUACUUUCCCUGGAGGCAGCGGGACUGUGUUUGCCAGGAACACAAGACGAGCAGCCGAGGUGUGGAUGGACGAGUAUAAAAACUUCUACUAUGCCGCUGUCCCGUCGGCUAGAAAUGUUCCCUAUGGAAAUAUCCAGAGUCGUCUGGAGAUGAAGAAGAGACUGGGCUGUCAGCCUUUCAAAUGGUACCUAGAGAACGUAUACCCCGAACUGCGGGUCCCAGACCACCAGGACAUAGCAUUUGGAGCCCUACAGCAGGGAGGAAACUGUCUGGACACUUUGGGUCAUUUUGCCGACGGCGUUGUGGGUGUCUACGAAUGCCACAAUGCCGGGGGAAACCAGGAAUGGGCCCUGACCAAGGAUAAGUCUGUCAAACACAUGGACUUGUGUUUGACUGUGGUGGACAGAACAGCUGGCUCUCUCAUCAAGUUACAAGGCUGUCGAGAGAAUGACAGCAGACAGAAAUGGGAGCAGAUUGAAUCCAACUCAAAGCUUCGCCACGUGGGCAGUAACCUGUGUCUCGACAGCCGCAGUGCCAGGAUGGGUGGGCUCACCGUGGAGACCUGCAGCCCCAGCCUCAACCAGCAGUGGAAGUUCACCCUCAAUUUACAAUCCUAGGGGGCGCUAAAGACCACAGGAAGAAUAGGAUAGUGGAUGGAGACACGCACAGACUCUGUCACCCAGCAGAAGGACGUAGACAAAAGGAGAAAGAUGAACCUAAUUGAGAAAUGGAUCUUUCUUGCUCCUCCUCUCCCACCUGUUCUUCAGAUUGUUUCUUCUGUGGGUGUAGCCGAUCAUGUCUAUAACUCCACCGCUCCCCACCCCAAAAACAGCCACACCCAUUGGGGGGAGUAGCUUGAGGACCAUAAUAGAGUAAAUGGAGAAAGUGGACGAAUGGUGACACUGAUAAUCAUGAUGAAGAGGCUUCGCUUUCAGACGACAUACCUCAGUGUUUUCAUUGAUGGUUCCAGAAGCAAAUUAUGAUGACACACCACCCCCCACCCCCACCCCCCCCGCCUUU